GCCAUUCACUCUACCCCAUAAAUCACAUUUGCAACGAACAACAAGCUCUAGUGAGGGCUUAGCAUUGUGCCAGAUACUCAACAACAAUCAUGUCUGCGACAGGGGGCCAACCACCGACCGUCAUCUCGGCAACCCAAACACCAGAAGAAGAGGCCAAUCUCAAUAUCGCAAAAGAAUACAUGUCAAUUGCCUACUCGCCAACCCAGAAUAAAGGUGCCGAGUCCGUUCGCCACCUGUGCACCCCGGACAGCUGGUUUUGGAGUCCCUCUACUUUUCCUGGUUGUUCCACGCCGAUGGACUACGCAGAAUCGCACGCCCAUGUCAUGGCGUCGGUCAAUGAUCUGCAUAUAGUCCGGUAUGACCAGGCGUGGGCAAAGGAUGGACAUGUGCUACUGCGAUAUACGGCUGAAGGAUCGCAUGCGGGGAAGCCGUAUAAAGGAAUUGAGAGAUCGGAUCCACCUCGGAAAGCGAGAUGGAGCGCUGCUGCUAUCUUUGAGGUUCAAGAUGGCAAGAUCAAAAGCUUCACGAAGGAUUGGGACCAGAAGGUGAUGCAGAUCCAGCUUGGGUGGGCGCCGGUGCAAGAAUCGGAUGAUCCGAGGUGGAAUCGAGGAAUGUUGGCCGACCCGGAGAAAGCCAGGAAGGCCAAAUAGUAUGAAUCUUCCCUGGUGCAUUUAUGGGAUGCGACUUUGUCUAUCUUGUGCGUUCGUCAAUAUUCUGUCUGUGAAUUUCUCAGUUUUAGUCUACUAGCCUGUGUACGAUCAAAUUGGACAUGAAGGGAAUAAUUAAAUGGCGCUUUUAGUA